GUCGACCCAGUGCGCGUUUGGAAAGGGGCGACAGAUUUCCCGUAUUGUGAUGUCCUAUCCAGUCUAUAUAAUGGAGAUCAAUGUUCUGUCCCGGUGUAGUGGUGUUCCUGAUUGGCUCAGUGCCAGCUAUCUGGCUACUCGAACUCGAAAUCUACGAGCUUCGAUCGACUUCCAAAAGAACGACGGAAGAGGGUGUUAUGGUGGAUGAUGUCAAUAAGGUAUACGGUGUUAUCAUAGAGUGGAUUCUAAUAACGGAACAAAUGCUGCCCCUCUUGCUCAUCGUGGGUCGUUGGCUGCUGCCAAAGGGCGCCAUCACCCGAGACGAGCUGUCCCAGCUCCUGCUCGUCUACUUCGCCACAGCGUCCGACAUCAUCGAGUUCUUUGACGGCUUCAAGGAACCUGCCAUCAGGUACAACCGCCAGUUGGUCGUCACCCUUCUCACACUGUGGAGCUGGAGCCUGCUGCAGUUCUCGCUGGUCACGACGGCUACCAGGAGCUCGGUGACCAAGCCCACUGGCCAAUCAGAGUCGACGUCGACAACGACGACGCAGGCGAGGAGAAAAGGUCUGUUGCAGAGGGCGGUGUUUAAGCGAUUCCCGCGCCUAGCCGCCUCUCGGGCCGUCGCACCGGUGUGCCCUGCUAACCCUCUCCUCCGUGACCCGGUUGAAGGGUUGAUAAUUCCCGUCAAGCCAGAGCACGAGGUACGGGAAGACGCCACCCCGGCCUGCACGUGCCUGGAGAGCGACGUCUGGUCCGUGGUGGCCAGCAUCAUCCUGCAGGAUGGGCCCUUCCUGGUCUUCCGACUAACGCUCAUCACCCACUUCCGGGCCUACAGCCACACCAACAUCUUCUUCACCUGUAAGAACCUGAUCGUGGUGGCUCUGCAGGCGUAUCGGGUCCUGGUUCUGUACGCGGAGAGGCGAGAAAAGCAGAGGCGGGACAGAAAGAGGAAGGAGAAGUUGGCGAAGAGGCUGGCUGAGCUGAAGAAACAAGGCUACAGUUUCCCGCCAGAAUUGGAAGCCGACAUUGUAGUAGCAGACGAUACGUCCGACUUGGAUCCCUACGUUGCUGCAAUGCUGCGGCCCGAGUGA